UGCUGAAGCCGGGACGGUCACGUGACAGCGCCUGCUGCGCUCCCUGGUCAUAUGCCGAGGGCGGGGCGCCGCUCGAGUCGGUUUCGUUCUGCGCUCGCCUGGGAUAGCGCCGGGACAGAGGCUACGGUGCUGCGCUCGGGUCCCGCACGAUGUUUCCCGCGGUGCGGGGGCUGGGGCUGGCGCUGGCCGCGCUGCUGGUGCUGAGCCGCCAUUGGGGCUGCGCGCAGGCGGCCGGGACCAGCGGGGCGCGGAAGCCCAGCGUGGUGCUGAUCCUCACCGAUGACCAGGAUGUCUGCUUGGGCGGCAUGACACCGCUAAAGAAGACCAGUGCCCUUAUUGCAGAUAUGGGGAUAAGCUUCUCAAAUGCAUAUGUGCCCAGUGCAUUGUGCUGUCCCAGCAGAGCUAGCAUCUUAACAGGGAAGUACCCACAUAAUCAUCAUGUUGUCAAUAACACUCUGGAGGGAAACUGCAGCAGCAAAUCAUGGCAGAAAAUACAGGAACCAUAUACCUUCCCAGCUCUCCUCAAGUCCAUGUGUGGCUAUCAAACGUUCUUUGCUGGGAAGUAUUUAAAUGAGUAUGGAGCAGAAGAUGCAGGGGGAAUAGGCCAUGUUCCUCCUGGAUGGAGUUUUUGGUAUGCUUUGGAAAAAAAUUCAAAGUACUAUAAUUACACUCUUUCAGUAAAUGGAAAAGCACGAAGGCAUGGUGAGAAUUACAGUGCAGAUUACCUGACAGAUGUACUGGCUAAUAUGUCCUUGGAUUUCUUGGAAUAUAAAUCUAACUUUGAACCCUUCUUCAUGAUGAUCUCCACUCCAGCACCACACUCUCCCUGGAUACCUGCACCUCAAUAUAAAACGAGCUUCCAGAAUGUCAGUGCACCAAGAAAUGGCAAUUUUAACAUUCAUGGAAAGGACAAGCAUUGGCUAAUCAGGCAAGCAAAGACUCCAAUGACUAAUUCUUCAAUACAGUUUCUAGAUGAUGCUUUUAGAAAAAGAUGGCAAACACUACUGUCAGUAGAUGAUCUGAUAGAGAAACUGGUGAAGAAACUGGAAUUGCUUGGAGAGCUAGAUAAUACUUACAUUUUUUAUACCUCAGACAAUGGCUUCCAUACUGGACAAUUUUCUUUGCCAAUAGACAAACGGCAGCUCUAUGAGUUUGACAUUAAAGUUCCAUUGCUAGUUCGAGGACCAGGCAUCAAACCAAACCAGACAAACAAGAUGCUGGUUGCAAACAUUGAUUUGGGUCCCACUAUUUUGGAUAUCGCAGGGUUUGACAUAAACAAGACACAGAUGGAUGGGAUGUCACUGUUGCCGCUUCUGAGAGGAGACAAAAAUGUGACCUGGAGAUCAGAUGUCUUGAUUGAGUACCAAGGAGAAGGACAUAACAGCAGUGAUCCUACCUGCCCUGCCCUGGGACCUGGUGUUACUCAUUGUUUUCCAGACUGUGUGUGUGAAGAUUCGUAUAACAAUACAUAUGCUUGUGUGAGGACACUGUCAACUUCUUGGGAUCUGCAGUACUGUGAAUUUGAUGACCGGGAGGUGUUUGUUGAAGUCUACAACUUGACUGCAGACCCACACCAGCUUACUAACAUUGCUAAAACAAUAGAUCAAGAAAUUUUAGAGAAGAUGAACUAUCGACUAAUGAUGUUGCAGUCCUGCUCAGGAGCAACUUGUCGCACACCAGGUGUCUUUGACCCAGGGUACAGAUUUGACCCACGCCUCAUGUUCAGUCAUGGUAUUUGGGCUCACAAACUUUCCACACGGUCUCUGUAACAGCAUUUAUCAGCCUCUUCAGUUGGCUUCCUGUGUUCAUUUCUUCAGAGGGACUCCAGCAGGUCUGUCUGUAUCUAAUUACAUCGGGAAUACUCAAUCAACUGGUUGUUAAAACUUUUAGCGGUGGGGAAGGGCAGAAUCCCUAGUCUUUAGAGGGCUGCCUUGUGCCCAGUGUAUAUUUUACAACUGACCUGUAAUUCUGAACAGUCAGACAUGGCUAAUCUGUCUUGCUCAUAUACCUUGUUUUUCAAAUACUUUUUCAUAUCAGAGAUAUAGUGUUGACUUGUGACCUAUAAAUCUGACUUGGAUUUAUUUUGUUUUUGUAUGAAUAAAGACCGCGUUUAUAAACUGAAUCAUGUUAACCCAGGGCAGGACUCAUUGCACAGAAAUCUUCACCCAUCUUCAUUCACUCUUGAAAAGACUUUCCUAAAAGCGAAGUGUUUAAGAGCAGUGUUGAACACCUAUAAUUAAGUUAAGCUGGAGCAAACUACCAUAGUAUGGCAUGGGAGAGUAUAAGCCAGAGAGUUUAGGGAUCUGACUAGAAACUGUCCCUCUUGCAGACUUUAAAGCACUAUACUUAAUCUCUAGACCAGUAAAAAUAUUCAUCUCACAGGUUUGCUUAAGCAGCUUUCAGACACAAGGAUACUCUUUCAGGCCCAUUUCCAAUUCAGAACAUUGUAACGGGUUAUUAGAUGCAGUGGUAACUACUUAAGUUUUAACAGAACAUAUAUUUUGAAAUAGGCUUUAUUAAUAUGUUAAAACUAAUCUGAAGUGUUGGAAUAAAACUGAGUGCCUGUAUGUUGGUCAUGAUGAACCAGCUUUGCUUCACUAAUCUGAACAGGAGUAAACAUCAGAAGACAAAGAAAUGUGCACCACAGUAAUUGUCAUGUGCAUGUCAUCUCCAGCCUUCUCAAGUAUCUUGUGAAUAAUUAAACAUUUCAGAUUGACCUGAUGCAUACAGUUAAAUUGACUUUGCCUCCUGAAAUAUAAAAAUCACAAAUCUUCACUUAGCAGAGAUCCUGGUAAGAUGACUGCUUAGGUCAGUUUGAGUGCCUCUGCCAGAGAGCUGCUUCUGUGCUGAAAACUACCUCUGUUAUGCCCUUCAUGCCAAAGGAUUCUGGUAUGUUACUGCUUUGGUAUUUGGGUGAGGAGGUAGUUGUCUGUCUUCAGCUUACUGAUGACACUAUUUUCACCCUUAAAAAUAUUCAUAUGGAAAUAAUAAGUGAUUACGUUUUCAAAAUAUUGACUGCCUUUCUAAACUUAGAAAAUCACUUAAAUUCAAGAGCCAGCAAGCUUACUAAAUUUAGUCUCCAUAGAAAUGCAUUACCAAACCAACAGCUAGAAACCUACUGAAUUAUCAUCUUGAUCUCACAGGAUCCUAUAAGAAAAUCAUCCUGCUUGAAGGCAGUUGAACUGUAGCUUAAGGAAAAAACUGAUAUUACAUAUUUUUCAUUGUCAAAUUAAAGCUCUCCUCAUUUUGAGCUGUUGCUAUUUACUGUUUCUGUUUUUAAUAUAUCUACUUAUCCAUUUAGAAAACAAUAUCUUUAAGUCAGAAGAGUAGGUACUUCCUGAAUUGCUGCAUUGUCAAGUACAUGAAGCCCUAUACCAAGUAAGUAUUAUUUCAGAUAGCUGAACCAUAAGGAUAUAUCUAAUUUCAGAAACCAAAAAGUACAUCCCAUUUUACAGCUUCUUGAAUCUGGUAAAAGCAACACUUAUGAACAUGGUAUUAACUACAUUUUACUUCAGUAUUGACAAACUUGACCAGCUGCUACUCAUCCUUCUUCCUUGUGUGACUUCCAACAGGAGGUAAACUUGAUUCCAUCCAUAAUCAUAUGGUGAACAGAUUUAAUUUUGCCUCCCAAAUCAGAACAUAUUUAUUGUUGCUCCAGAGGCAUUAGAGAUGCCUGGGGAAAACUAACAGCUGCUGAAAAGGACCCUAAAACUAAGGGAACAUAUGAGAGGCUGUUUCUCUGAAUGCAUAUUACAACAGCCCACUACUUUCAGUCUCCUCCCAUUAAAUUACUUGGAUCCUUUGAAAUAUUCCAUUUUCUUUAUCUACCAUAAUUAUGAUUUUCAACUUAUUUUCUCCUCCAUUCACCAAAACAUCUUAUCCCACUUCAAUGUCCUUGAGCCUCUGGUCUCUUCUACAAACACCUCUCCUUCCUAAUCAGUGUGUUCCCUAGCAUCUUACCUUUUUCCUUACCCAUCUGUUAGAUCCUGCAACAAGUUUUUGUUCCUAUUCUUUGACCAAGCCAAAAGUGAUCUAAACGCUCAUUUAACAAUAUUUGUCUAACACUACUACACUUAGAUUUGUGUUCUGCUUUUUAGUUAAACUUGCUGGUGUCUGUACUUAAUUGUAGAUUGUGAAGGGUCUGGUGAGAGAAAUCUUCAGUCAGUGAUGUAUGCAUUAAACUCUGAGCAUCUAUGUCCAAACUAUUCUAGCUGGUCAUAGAAUUGAAGUUCCAGUGUGUAUGUUUACUAAGUGUCAGCAAUGCAAUGGUUGUCAUUGUCUGCAACGUGGUGGUGGUCUUUUAAGUAGACCUUUCUCUUUUUGUAGAAAAAGCUAGUAUAUAUUCAUGACCAAAAGUAUAAUUUGAUAUAACCACGUUUCCUGAUAUGGCAUACUUGGGUAGCAUGAAGAAUUUUACUCUUUAAUGAUAACUAUGUAUCUUGCAUAUUCUACCUCUACAGUUCAUUGACAUGGAAAUUGAUUGUGUAGAAUAUCUAGUAAGUCUGAUCAGUGGGAAGAAUUUCACCCUAAUUUAACAUGUUGUUGUUAGUAUUUUCAUGCAGAAAACAUACCGGUCAGUCAUUUCAAUUGCAGCCAGACUUGUUCCCUUACAUUGCCUUUUUCUCAACUGACCAUGAGUCUACCACACCCACAUCUGAAGUCUGCCAGUUAAGAAAUAAUGAUUUACCACAGAAAACCUUCACCUCACUACAUUCUACUCAUCAGUCCUGCUGUGACUUAACAAAAAUGCAAACACUUCUGAAGAAAUGUGCACUGGAAGUGCAUUUUAAGCUUAGCUGAAGGAAGAACAGUAACAAUCAACUGCUGCCCUGUUUUUGUUCUGAUUUAACUGUUCAGUGUUUUUUCACAGGAUACAAUAAAUCCUAUGGAUAUUUUCACACUCCUGAAUGGUCAAUAUUCACUUUUUCUUGAUAACUGGAAUAGCAUGUUAUUUCAGUUACCUUACAGCUAGACCGAAUUCCAGAACACAAGUGGUUCAAAAAUUGAGCCUUCCUAUGUUCCAUUCAAUAAUUGGUUGAACAUGGCUGUGGCCACUUGCACCUUAUUACUUGAGCCAUUUAAUUGUUGAAAAUGAAUAGAAGCCUUACUAAGUACUAGUCUUUCAUAUAAAAUGUGAUUAUAGGUCAUUUUUAAAUGUAAACUGUUUCUCAUGAUAGUCUAAUCUGAUUAAGCAGAUACUGUAUUCUGCAAAACAUUGCAGAAGAAGCAAAACUGUUCCAUCUAUUAACACAAAUAUCCUUACUCACUUAACUGAAAAUAUUGUCGCUUUAGCAUGAGUGAAGAUCUCUGAUAAGUGCUUAUAGGGCCAGAGAAUUGACUUCUUGUAUGUCAGGGAGUAAAUGUUGUUUUCACAGAUUGUUCCCUAGAGUGCUGAUCUUAAAUCCUCUAUAGUAGGGGCAGUAGUCUCAAAGACUAAAAUAACUUGGUAAAGUCUAAAUCUGUUUAAAUUGAUCUAUUACACAAGGCAAAUACAGACAUUUGGUUGUAAUGCUGCUGAAUCAAUGAAGAUGGCUGUUAAAUUAUUUUUUAAUGUGCAACUUUAUAUGUAUUCCUAAUUUGUUCCUUUUUUGUACAGUGUCUGACUGUACUUCACUGUGGACUUACUAAUUUCUGCUCUCUAUUGUACCAUAACUGUUUUGUUUAGAAAGUGCCCUUCAAAGGACCCUGUUCACUGCUGCACCUUUUGAAAAUAAAAAUUGUCUACUAUGAA